UUUGUUCCUCAUUCUUAUAGCGUGAUGUGGUAACGUUGUAGUACCAAGUCUUUACAGCUGUGUUCAUAAGUAGAACCAGCAAAAAUUUUAUUUUAAAAUUCAGAAUGUGACAAAUAAAUAGUGAUUUAUUUAAAAAAUGAUUGAUGAGAGUGAGAGUCCAAGCUUAGAUUACAUUGAGGACCCGUAUUUUAAUCCACAAGCUAGUACUACGACGCCAAGUCUUGAUGACCUGGAUGAUACAGACUCUCUAGAUGAUUAUGAUCUGUUAGAAAACGAACUUGAUAUAUUUGAUUUGAGACAGCUGGAUUUUGAUGAAGUGACCAGCCACUAUUUACAUGAUGAUGAUGAAUCUAUAAAUGUAGAAGCAGAAUUUUUUAAUGUUAAGAGAGCAAAUGCUAUAAUAAGGGCAUUUUUCAGAAACAAACUUAAAAAACAAGUCAGGGUACGAUAUAGUGAUUUAACAAAGCCUUAUUUGGCUAAACUACCAAAAGACAAUAGCUUUAGGAAAUACUUAGAUAUUAGUUUAAGUCAAAGUGAGGAAGCAAUGGCUGCCGAUCACAUUGCUCCCGAUUUGUCGCAUCUCACUCCCGAGGAGAAGGAGCAACAGGAGAAAAUUUGGCGAGAAGAACUCGCCCAAAUCGAGGAAGAGAUCACCACCUUGAGAACCGUGUUGACUUCGAAAAUGCGACGAAGCGCCGAGCUGAAGAAAAACUUAGGCAUCACGUUUUUGAAAGAGGUAUCGGACGAUAUCAACCAGGGAAUCAAAAAUGUCAAAGAGAGCAACGUCUAUCAAACUGUUGAGAAUAAAGUAGAACAGGUUGCUAAGGCUGUUGCAGACGCUCCGCUAUACCAAAAAACUACAUCGAUCCUGGGAGGAAUUACUGGAAAUAUUUCGAAUAAAUUAGGACAAAUGCGGCACUCUGAAUCAUUCCGUUCAUUCGAAGAAAAAGUGGGAAGCGCAUACGAAAAUGUUAAGGGAAAAGUAAUUUCUCGUUCUGGUUCUCAGCAAAGUUUCAACGAAGACGGCCGAUCCAGGUCUGGAUCAGUAGCAACGAGUCCAUCCAUUCCAGAAGAAAAACCUAUUGCCUAAGCGGGGUACUAUUUAGUAAGUAAAAGUAUUUCUGGUUUUGGUCAUUUUCGCUGGAAUCAAUAAGUACAUAAUAAUAUUGAGGCAUUUAAUAGAAAACGAGUUAUAUUCUGAAAAAAUGUACCAAAACUUGAAUAAAUCAUUAUUUCAACUCAAUUUCUCAACCAAUGAGCGCCUUCAAAACUUUCUUAGAAACUAUUUGUCGCUAGUUUUCAUUAGUGUCAAAGCAGUUUAAUAUAUUUUAAUGGUGAAUAUGAAAUAAUCUUGGUAGUACUUAGUACUGUAACUAUUAUUUUACCAUUUAAUGAUUUAAGAUUAUAUAAAACAGUAAAAUAGAUUUUUUUACACUAAAUUAAGAACCUUGCCACAUGUUUAUUGAUAUUUAUUUUGUGUUUGUACACAAUCCAAAUUUUUAAAUUGGAAAAAAAGUAUUUGUAUGUUUCAUAUCAAUGAUUGAAUGAAGUAAGAAAAAAGGCUUCAGUACUUAUCUUUACCUGUUUAGAAUUCAAGAUAAGUAUGUGUUAUUACAGAUACAUCUUUGCUGAUGCCUUUUUUUAGAAAGUCUAAAUAUGUCUCAUUAAUUUUUGUCACCUACUAUAUAUGAAAUACUGGACUUAUUUAAGAUAAUCAAUAUAAAUGUAUUAAUAUGUGCUUUACAAAUAAAGUUUUAUAAUCUAUUUAUGUGGCUUGAGGUGGUAAAAUUAAUGAAGACAAAAA